GCGGAUAUGAUUUCGGCCAAUUCAUUUUAUCGGUUUUCUUUCUUCGUUUUGGUUUUAGGAAAUGUACUCUCGUUCAGUCAAUACAAGACAAUAUUUGAAAACGAACAAAAAUUCUGGCCUUUGCUUUCAGAACAUGAUGAGAACGUAAGCAACUUAAAUGAAUCAACUGCAACCGAAUACAGUACUGCAACUACAACCCUAGUAGAAAGAAAUUCAAGUACAAAUUCUAUUACAUCGAUUCAAACUGAAUUUGAUCUUUCGAUGACAACCCAAAAAACGACUGUAUACCUUAACGAAGAAAAAAGUAGGACAGUAAAUCAACAUAAUUAUCUUCAAAAGUUAACGAUUUCAGAGAAUAAUAGCGAAACUAUCGAAAACACAAACAUUACUACUGCAUUUCAUGAUAUUGAGCUUGAAAGCACAUCAACAACGCAAAUAACAACAGCAUACGAAAGCGAGCAGGAAAGUACAACAAGACAAUUAUUAAAUCUGGUUUCAGGAACAAAGAAAGAAGAAUCUGAUACAUCAAAUGAAACCCUACUGAACGAACACAAGACAACCAGAUACCCUUCUCACUCUACUACCGAAGAAAUAAGACUAAACGAGAAUAAGCAAAACUUCAGAUCGAAUCAAAAGGAUGAUAUUUCGAUUUCUGGUUCAGACAAAAAUGGUGAAAAAAAUAAAUCAAAAGUUGAAUUAAAUGGAAUGGAAUACAGUGACUCAACUACGAGACCAAUAACAACAGUCUACCUCCAAAGUAGUUCAAACGAUGGAUACGAUUCAAACGAGGAUAAGAAGACUUAUACGCAAUUCAAUGAAACUAGCAAGCAUACCUCCCACACAACAGAAACAAUAAUUCAAGAAAAUAGUAUAAAUGGGACUAAACCAGCUCUGGCGAUGUAUCGAAAUAACUUUCAUGAAUGGAAUAUGACAGAAACGGAAACUUCAACCGCUAGUUCAAAAGGAGCUUUUGGCGAAAUUGCACAAAAAACAAGUAGGUCUCCUGUGGAAGAUGGAAAUGAUGAAUACAAUGAAUUCAAUGAAGAUGGAAGUAGUGCCUGGAUCAAUAACUCGAAAACUUCAAAAGAUGAAAGUACCGCACAACUUUAAAUCGUAUUUUGAAAUGUCUUACACUUCUUAUUCCAGAAAAAAGUUCAGCCCCAAGAAUCGAUGGAAAUGAAGAAACAGGAGUCAAUAACUCAACGACUAAAAAAACAACAACUAUCGAAGGGACCGUUGCAGAACAAACAACG